AUGGCACAUGUACCUAAGUCCACGCUGCCAUUGCUAGGCAACAUGUUGGACAUGACCAGCAACAUGCCGCGCUUCCACGACUGGAUUAGCGAAGAAUGCGCCGCAUUCAAUAACGAGCCGUGGACACUGCAGAUUCCCGGUAAAGAGCCGUGGAUUGUGGUGUCGUCAUCUGAGUUGUUCGAGGAAGUACUUAAAACUCAAGCUGACAAUUUCCUGCGUGGACCGGUGAGCCAAUACCAGUCGUUCGACGUCCUAGGCAACGGCCUCUCGGUAUCCGACGGUGAUGCGUGGUUCUACCAGCGCAAAACAGCCAGUCACCUCUUCUCCAUGCAAAUGAUGCGGACGGUUAUGGAAGACACGGUACGUGAGAAGCUCGAAGUGUUUCUCGGUGUCUUGAACCAGUACGCCGCACGUGGCAGCCCUUUUGGCAUCAAGAAAGAGCUAAGCCACUUUACCAUGGACGUGUUCUCCAAGAUCGGCUUUGGCGUCGAGUUGGACACUUUAAAAGACACGUUUGACCGCGAAGAGGACCACGAGUUCUUGGAAGCUUUCAAUGUGGCUUCCGUGGCGUUUGGGGUGCGCAUCCAAACGCCUACGUGGCUCUGGGAAAUUAAGAAGUUCCUUAACGUCGGAUGGGAGAAGAUCCUCAUGGACAGCUGCACAAAGUUCCACGAUUUUAUCGACAGCUUCAUCUUGAAGGCAAUUGAGGGUCGACGCGAGAACAAAGUGGCUCGCGACCUCAUCUCGCUCUUAUUAGAGAGCAGGAUCGAUACCUCCGAGCUGGAUAUAAAGGAGGACGAAGCUCAGAUCAUGCGGGACAUGGCCAUUACCUUCAUUUUCGCCGGUAAAGACUCCGUCGCGCAUAGUAUCGGAUGGUUCAUCGUCAACAUGAACCGAUAUCCGGAUGUUCUGCGUAGCAUUCGAGAGGAAAUGAAGCAGAAGCUUCCAGGUCUCCUCACUGGAGAGAUCCAGGUCCCCACCUCUGCUCAGGUCCAGGAGCUCGUGUACCUCGAGGCGGUUGUCCGUGAAAACAUCCGGCUGUAUCCGUCCACAGGCUUCAUCAUGCGUCAAGCCACAGAGGCCACCACGUUAGUUGACGGGACGUUCGUGGACAAGGAAGUGUCGAUUCUCUUGCCGUCGUACGCGAACGCACGCAACCCCAGGACGUGGGGGAAAGACGCGCACGCGUUCAAACCAGAGCGCUUUCUUGACCCCGAAACGGGGAAGCUCGUUACAUUCUCACCGUUUGUGUUCAGUAGCUUUGGCUCCGGUCCACACAUCUGUCUUGGCAUGAAGUUUGCACUCAUGGAGAUCAAAUUGACACUUGCUACGCUCUUCAGCAAGUUCGACAUAAAGACUGUGGAGGAUCCGUGGACGAUGACGUAUGAUUUCUCUUUAACGAUUCCUGUCAAGGGCCCAAUGGACGUCAAAGUUACCCCACUCUACAUCGCUACCGCAGAGUCGGCGUAAGGUUGUACCUUUGUUAAAAUAACAACGUAGCUCUCACUCUUUUUAACGUUGAUAUUAACAGGCUGCUAAACCAAAAAAAAAACAAUUUCAUUA